AUGGACUGGGAUGAAGAAGCUCCGGUUCAAAAAAUUAUCAAAAUAGUGGUAUGUGGUGAUGGUGCUAGUGGUAAAACGUCACUCUGUGUACGAUUUGCUCAGGAUAAUUUCGGACGACAGUAUCAGCAGACUAUUGGCCUGGAUUUCUUUACCAGGCGAUUAACUUUGCCCGGCAAUGUUUCUGUUCUAUUGCAGAUUUGGGACAUUGGAGGACAGAGUAUCGCAAGUCCGAUGCUUGAAAAAUACAUCAACGGUGCACAUGGCGCUGUUGUUGUUUACGAUGUUACCAACAGCUCAAGUUUUGAAAAUCUUGAAGACUGGAUAAAUAUCAUCAAGCAAGUUACCAAAACUCAGGAAAGACCAGUGGUACUAAUGCUUGUUGGUAAUAAAACAGAUUUGGAACAUCGUCGAGUUAUUCGCAUUGAAAGGCACACCAAAUUCGCAUUACAGUAUGGAAUGUCCAGUUAUUACGUGUCGGCAAAAACUGGUGACAGUGUUACGCUUAUGUUUAGGAAAACAGCUGCUGAAAUCCUCGGAAUCCCGUUAGAGCAAAGCGAUACAGAAGGAGAUAUCAUUGUUGUGAAAGCUUCCGUUACAACACGAACGGAAGACGAAUCACAACCAGCACAGCAACAACUGCGAGCUGAUCAAUCUCGCAAUACAACUGUUUGCUCAGUGAUGUAA